AUGGCCCCUAACGCGCAAAUGGGUGCAGCGCGUCGCGGGCGCCCUGCCAAAGUCGCGGCGCCUGAGCCAGCCAUCCCCGUCGCAGUCACGGUUCCUCCCAACCCACCCAAGAAACGCGGUCGCCCGCCGAAAACGAAUACCGUAGAGACUGUCACAGUCGAGCCGCCAAAGAGGCGCGGCCGUCAACCCAACCCAAAGAACGACAAACCUAUCGCGCAAAUUGAUAGCGCAAUUAGACGUGGCCGCCGCUCGCUCGCCGCAGCAGAAGAAGCCAUAGCAGAGGCGCAUGUUUCCCCCAAGAGACGCCCUGGAAGACCCUCCAAAGCCACCAGCACCGCGGCUGCAGCAGAGGCGAUUGCGCCUAAGAAACGCGGUGGCCGUCCGCGCAAGGAGGAUGUAGUGCCUGAGGCUUUGAUCACACCCAAGCGCGGUCGUCGCCCUACGCUCGAUCUCAAUCGCGUCGCUGGCCCCUCACGAGUCACGAAGCGUACUUCACCGCGCUCGAAGCCUGUCGCCAGAGCUUCCAAGGUUGUUGCUGCGCCUCGUAUCAACCCUAAGAUGCGAUCGCGUCUUCGACAGCGCACUGCUCCCAUUGAGAAAGUGAAGAAGGAAGCUCUUCAGCCUGUCAAGAAGGCACGUGGCAGACCCAAGAAGGUCCAAGUUGAGGUCGGUCGUAAACCAAGCGCUCCCGUCCCGGCCGCUCCAGUCAAGAAGGUGACCGCACGACCCAAGACUGUUGCUCCUCGUAAGCGUCGCGGUUACACAACACUUGAGGUUCCAGACAAGUUUGCCGCACAGGUCAAGCAGCUGGUUGCAGACCUACAGGCUGAGAAUGCAGCAAAUGCCGCAGCUGCCGCAGGUGAAGCUGAUGACGAGGGAGAGGAGAUCGAAGUCGAGGUGGAGCUCGGCACCAAUGAUCCCACUGCUGAUCCACUUGACAAUCCUUCAGCUGAGCUAGAACAGGAGGAAGCUGCUGCUGAGUUGGUAGAGGAGGACGAAGAUAAAGGCGAAGAUGAUGAGGAUCGCAUGCCCAUCGAUCCCCUAGAGGCCGCACGUGUGCCAGCUACAGACGAAGGUAUACGCGCAGAAUCGUCUUCGGACAACAUUGGGGACGAGACCGAGCUGCCAUCCGAGACGGCUGUCUUUGCGGAGAUUGCAGCUGUGCAGGACGAUCUAGAUGCUCAAGAUGCUCUCCGGGACGAUGUGCAAAUGGCGGAAAACGUUCAGCCAGAAGUCGAGCGUGAGAGCUCGCCAAGCAAUGUCUCAGUCGACGUUCACCAGGAAAUUACCGAGGUUUCUUCGUUCCCGCAGGCUGAUGGCACAAACGAGGUCGAAGUCUUCCAUGCACAUAUCGAUGAGCACGCACACAUCCACGAGCACGCCCAUGCCACUGAGCCUGCGGCCGGUUCGGUUGUUGGUUCGCUUUUCUCUGGUUUCUAA